UUCUUCGAGGAAACUAACACAGCAGGAGAUAAAGAAACGGUAUAGUACAACGAUUCACAAAAUAUCACUUCAUAAUAGUGAAGUGAAAAGGCAUGGUUGUUUUAAGUUUCUGUAGGAUGACAGCCUGUGCUGAGUUUGGAAAUGUUUGGGCAGAUUUCUAAUGGUAAAUGUGUGAUACAGGGUUGAUUUUCACGGGCAAAUGUUUGGCACUGUGUAUGGACUGAUAUGGAUGACCGUUACCGCGAGCUUGUUCAUCUCAACGGGACAUCCCGCGUCCGCACCGAUGCCUGACCAGUAUACCAGAGGACUGGUGAGUUGUCCUAUGUUGUCUUAAUUCUUUAUCUUAUCAUAACCGCUUUACUUAGUAUGAAAUAAAUGUGCUCCAUCCAAACCAUUCAUAUUUUUUUGUUUAUAUACUUUUUUUGUUUUGUUUAUAGCCUAUGUAUGUAAAUAAUUGUUGUAUUGUAUUGACUGAAAAAAAAGGAACAGACAACUUUGGGAUUUCAGACGUAGCCACAACGAUAUUUUGAAAAUAUAUAGCCUAUAUUGUUUAGGGAAAAUAAACUAAAAGCGUCUGCUAUAUGGCAUAUUAUAUUAUUAUUAUUAAUACCACCCAUAGUGUUUGACAUCUAAAAUGUAACCAACCAUUAAACCUUAUUUGACUUUAGAAACAAUGUGUGGUAAACCACUAUAGGGCGCACCCUCUUUUGACAGUUGACAAACCCAGAUUUCAUAAUGAAACGGUCCCAAGAGUUAACUCCCUCAGUGCUGUAGUGCACUUACCAAGAAUCGCUACAAUACACAGUAGGCCUAUGCAUUAACUCGCUCUGCUCCAGCGAGUUAGUGCACAUAGACUAGAUGAACGUGCAACAUUACGCCUUGGAUAAGAGCUAGCAUUAACCCUGCAUAACCUCAUUUACCCUCUUUCUGACAGUGACCACACCAGGUUAUGAAAUAUUUUAAGUAAAGUAAUGAACAGAUUCUUCAUCGCUUAAGAGCCACACAAAACAAUAGAAAAUACCCCUUCUAUCACCACUGUUGUAUCUAAUGCGUUGAAGCUACAUCAGUGUGUGUAGGCCUAUAGGGCUCGGUCUAGCUAGUUAGCUAUCCUGAGAGCGAUCAGCUUCAGUGAUCAGGGAUUCACAGUCUGGUUUCACUCAGGAUUCACUGAAUUACAGCAAGACCUGAAGAGAGAGACACAUUAUGUUGAUAGGUAAUUGGGUGGUGCUAGAACAUCUGGGGGCUGAACACAUACCAACAUUUUUACCAAAAUACAUAAAAUAUCAAAGUGCAGUUUAUUAUUGAGAUAUUGUCUCAGGCCAUAUUGUCUGUUUUAAGUGAUACCGGGAAUGUCUCUGGUUAAAAAGGUGUAUAACACUGGGUAGGAAAAAGUCCCUGGUGGUUUGUCCCUGGAGUGCUGUGUGCAGGGGGUGGCUUUCAUCAGCUGUGAUGCUCCUGACUAGAACCAAGAAAUUUGAUCAUAUUACUCCAGUGCUAGCUUCCCUACACUGGCUUCCUGUUAAGGCAAGGGCUGAUUUCAAGGUUUUACUGUUAACCUAUAAAGCGUUACAUGGGCUUGCUCCUACCUAUCUUUCCGAGUUGGUCCUGCCGUACAUACCAAUACGUACGCUACGGUCACAAGACGCAGGCCUCCUAAUUGUCCCUAGAAUUUCUAAGCAAACAGCGGGAGGCAGGGCUUUCUCCUAUAGAUCUCCAUUUUUAUGGAACAGUCUGCCUACCCAUGUGAGAGACGCAGACUCGGUCUCAACCUUUAAGUCUUUACUGAAGACUUAUCUCUUCAGUAGGUCAUAUGAUUGAGUGUAGUCUGGCCCAGGAGUGUGAAGGUGAACGGAAAGGCUCUGGAGCAACGAACAGCCCUUGCUGUCUCUGCCAGGCCGGUUCCCCUCUCCACUGGGGUUCUCUGCCUCUAACCCUGUUGCAGGGGCUGAGUCACUGGCUUGCUGGUGCUCUUUCAUGCCGUCCCUGGGAGGGGUGCGUCACUUGAGUGGGUUGAGUUACUGACGUGAUCUUCCUGUCUGGGUUGGCGCCCCCCCUUGGUUUGUGCUGUGGUGGAGACCUCUGUGGGCUAUACUCGGCCUUGUCUCAGGAUUGUAAGUUGGUGGUUGAGGAUAUCCCUCUAGUGGUGCGGGGGCUGUGCUUUGGCAGAGUGGGUGGGGUUAUAUCCUUCCUGUUUGGCCCUGUCCGGGGGUUUCUUCGGAUGGGGCCACAGUGUCUCCGGACCGCUCCUGUCUCAGCCUCCAGUAUUUAUGCUGCAGUAGUUUAUGUGUCGGGGGGCUGGGGUUAGUUGGUUAUACCUGGAGUACUUCUCCUGUCUUAUCCAGUGUCCUGUGUGAAUUUAAGUAUGCUCUCUCUAAUUCUCUCGUUCUCUCUUUCUCUCUGAGAACCUGAGCCCUAGGACCAUACGUCAGGACUACCGGGCAUGAUGACACCUUGCUGUCCCCAGUCCGCCUGGCCUUGCUGCUAUUCCAGUUUCAACUGUUCUGCCUGCGGUUACGAAACCCCUACCUGUCCCAGACCUGCUGUUUUCAACUCUUAAUGAUCGGCUAUGAAAAGCCAACUGAGAGACCUGAGCCCUAGGACCAUACGUCGGGACUACCGGCCGUGGUGACUCCUUGCUGUCCCCAGUCCGCCUGGCCUUGCUGCUAUUCCAGUUUCAACUGUUCUGCCUGCGGUUAUGGAACCCCUACCUGUCCCAGACCUGCUGUUUUCAACUCUUAAUGAUCGGCUAUGAAAAGCCAACUGAGAUUUAUUCCUGAUUAUUAUUUGACCAUGCUUGUCACUUAUGAACAUUUUUGAACAUCUUGGCAUGGUUCUGUUAUAAUCUUCACCCGGCACAGCCAGAAGAGGACUGGCCACCCCUCAUAGCCUGGUUCCUCUCUAGGUUUCUUCCUAGGUUUUCGCCUUUCUAGGGAGUUUUUCCUAGCCACCGUGCUUCUACACCUGCAUUACUAGCUGUUUGGGGUUUUAGGCUGGGUUUCUGUACAGCACUUCGAGAUAUUAGCUGAUGUAAGAAGGGCUAUAUAAAAUAAAAUUGAUUGAUUGAUUGAUUGAAAAUAAAAUUGAUUAACAUCACAACAACUGACAUCAAAGUCUGCUCUCUUCCUCUGCUCUCUGUUAGGAUUGGUUGAGCCGGUAUGGGUACCUCCCUCCUCCUGACCCUCGCACGAGCAAGCUGCAGACGAAGGAUGGGGUCGAGCGGGCGAUCCGCGAGAUGCAGAGAUUCGGAGGGCUCGAGGAAACGGGCAGACUGGGUAACCCACUGUCAACUUACAGUAAAGCUUCGUCACUUGACACUUUAAGCCAGCUGUUAAGUCUUUAAGUCACUGGGUGUCAUGUGUGAGUGUUCUGCCUCUGUAUUUUCAGAUACAGACACUCUCAAUCUCAUGCAGAUGCCUAGAUGCUCUCUCCCUGACAUUGUGGGAUCAGAGGACAUGUUGAAAAGGAAGAGGAGGAGGAAGAGAUACGCCCUGUCAGGCCUUCGCUGGGAUAGGACCGACCUCACAUGGAGGUGUGCAAAAUGUGUAGUUGAUACAAACAGACACACACAUUCUGACACUAACACAUUUUAGUGUUCUUCUGUGUAGCGUAGUACUGUGCAGACCUGUUUUCAAAUAGUAUUUGUCAUCUUUCAAAUAAUUUGAGCAUUUGAUUGAGCCUGCCUGGAGUGUCAAAUGGGUGCUUUUUUGACUUUUGGCACUAUUCCAUUGGUUCCUUUGCACCAGGUACUGUGCCAUACCUGGUAAGCAGUAUCAUAGUGUGUUUUAUUUAUUUAUUUGUACUACUGAUGUCCUUCCUGUAUCCAGUGUCCACAGUUACCCAAACCCCUCCCUCUCGACCUCUGUCUCCCGCCCGGAAGUGGUGGAAUGGAUCCUGACUCUGGCCUUCAAGGCCUGGAGUGACGCGGCCCCCCUCAGCUUCCAGCAGCUCUCUGUGAGCGACAGAGAAGGGAAGGGGCCCAUAGGGGACAUCCGAGUGUCUUUUACCCACUCGCUCCAUGACGAUGGGUACCCUUUCGACGGUAAAGGGGGCACCCUCGCCCACGCCUUCUUCCCGGGGAAGGACGACGUCGCCGGGGACACGCACUUCGAUGACGAUGAGUACUGGAGCUAUGGAGGUAUUUAAAGAUAGUCAGAUGGAUGGAUGGAUAGAUGGAUUCAUGGAUGGGUGUAAGGAUGGAUCUUCAAUUACCACAAUAGAUACAGACAGAGAGAGAUAAUAUUGACCGACUGAUUAACACAGCACCUGCUGGUUUCUCAGGGGACAGCAGUAGCACAGACCUCUUCACAGUGGCGGUGCAUGAGUUUGGCCACGCCCUGGGCCUGUCCCACUCCUCCUCGGAUCCCUCCAUUAUGAGGCCAUACUACCAGGGAGCUGUGAAAGACAUCUCAUCCUACAACCUCCCUCUAGACGACAGGAUGGCCAUUCAAGAGCUCUACGGUAGGGUGUCUUAUUUUUUAAGGAUUCUGUAUUAUUUUGAGAGGUGUGGGAAAGAUAGACAGAAAAUGUGUCACAAAUGCAGUGGGCUGGAUUCGAAACCCACGCCGGAACCUACAAACAUGUGUGCUGUAUGCAGCGGCACUAACUGCUAGACUCCCCAGGCCACACCAACCCAUAACUCUAACCCUAAACCCAACCCAACUCUAAUUCUAACCCUAACCCAAGACCUUAACACUAACCAUAACCCAACAUAACUUAACCAUAACUAAUUGGGUAAUUCAAUGUAGGUUUCUUGGUCAGUCAUGUCUCUUAGUUUUUCCCCUUGGUGCCACAUCCGUCCAUGGCUUUUAUGGCACCUCUAUUUGCAUAACCCAAACCGCCCUCUUUCCUCAGCCCUUUUCCUUUCGCUUUCUGGCUUAACAGUCGUGUGGUUAAUUCCUGCCAUCACUCAAUUAGUUGUUGUUUACGCCAAGUAAUAAAAUACGAUAUAAAGUGUUAGGUUUUCACAAUGGAAUUCAGGGAAACAGAUCCUAAUUUUGGUGCACAUAGAAAGGAGUCAUGAGUGCAUUCAGGUGCGUGUGCCGCAGCAAAUUUUCUUCACAAUAGACAAACAUAGGCUCAUUCUGUUCAGAAAAAUCCAAGGUAUGAUGGCAUGUUAUCUUGUAGCUGUACAUCAAACAUAGUGAUCAUACAUUUUGACACUGUAUAUGACAUGAGUAUUAUGAUAUGAAAAUGUGAAGUGCACAUUUGGACUGUUUGUCUUGCUUGUGUGACAUCAAAGUGGUAUUUAUUAUAAUACUCAACGUCUCAUCUUUGAAAGUGCAUAGAGUCGUCUUAAUUUACAGCAUUUCCCUCAGACAAAAACAUUUGCAAAAGUUGCCCAAUUAGCGGGAGGGAUGGGGGCAACUUCAUGUGGCGUGAGGUGCUCAUGUUCAGAAUGGCUGUCAGUCAAAACCUAUACAGCACAGAGAAGCACAGAGCCAGAGCUCUGACGUCAUAUAUAUAAUGUUACUGUACACCCACUGCAUUCCAAUUUAGCCGUUUAUCUGUGCCCAAAUCUGCCAUUUUCAACCGAUAUACAGGUAUGAGUGUAAAGGGUUAAUUAUUUGUGUCCUUUCUCAUGUCCACCUCAAAACGCAUUGGAGAAGGUCCAAGGUUCCUCCCUUCUGACCUUUUCCACCAAUGCGUUUUGAGAAGGAGGCGAGGAGAGAGGAUGCGAGGAAAUAAAAGUAAGAUUCACCCUUUCUCUCUCCCCAGGGAGGAAGGAGAGCAAGCCUACAGUGCACCCUGGUGGCAGUGGUUCAACGCCCAGUCACCCUCGUCUGCCCAGUACUCCACCUCCAAGGCCAACAAAACAGUGAGUGGAGCCAGAGAGAGUUAGGUCUCAGCUAUUUCUAUGCCUGAUUCACACUAUAGACCAGACUGGAACCAUACUGUGCUGGCCCGAAUGGUUUCUUUUCACAUUGUCCUUUCCAGCAUGGUUCUAGCAACUAUGGUAACCAGGCCAGCCCAGUACAGCUUGGCUUGGCUCAGCUCGGUUUGACUGAGUAGUGUGAAAAGGGUACAAUAUUUCUUAUCUGUCCAAACAGGAUUAAGCUAAUUGUUUCUCCGUGGUUCUCAUAUGCUGACAUAUGACGGAGAUGAAGGACAGCCAUCAAACAUUUUUGUCCAUCCUUUUUCACGUGCAUCAUCAAUCCAAAGUGUUACCUAGCUAGAUACAUAGAUGAUAGAUUCUGAGAUUUGACCUGAUAAGAAAAUAAUUAUUAGACAUUUCAUAACUGUAGCUAAGGUUAUCAUUAUGACACAACACCUUCCUAAUAUUGAGUUGAACCCCACAUUUUGCCCUCAGAACAGCCUCAAUUCGUCGGGCAUGGACUCUACAAGGUGUUGAAAGCGUUCCACAGGGAUGCUGGCCCAUGUUGAUUCCAAUGCUUCCCACAGUUGUGUUGGCUGGAUGUCCUUUGGGUGGUAGACCAUUCUUGAUACCCACAGGGAACUGUUGAGCGUGAAAAACCCAGCAGCGUUGCAGUUCUUGACACAAACCGUUGCGCCUGGUACUACUACCAUACCCCGUUCAAAGGCACUUACAGUGAGGGAAAAUAGUAUUUGAUCCCCUGCUGAUUUUGUACGUUUGCCCACUGACAAAGAAAUUAUCAGUCUAUAAUGUUAAUGGUAGGUUUAUUUCAACAGUGAGAGACAGAAUAACAACAAAAAAAUCCAGAAAACGCAUGUCUAAAAUGUUAUAAAUUGAUUUGCAUUUUAAUUAGGGAAAUAAUUAUUUGACCCCUCUGCAAAACAUGACUUAGUACUUGGUGGCAAAACCCUUGUUGGCAAUCACAGAGGUCAGACGUUUCUUGUAGUUGGCCACCAGGUAUGCACACAUCUCAGGAGGGAUUUUGUCCCACUCCUCUUUGCAGAUCUUCUCCAAGUCAUUAAGGUUUCGAGGCUGAUGUUUGGCAACUCGAAUCUUCAGCUCCCUCCACAGAUUUUCUAUGGGAUUAAGGUCUGGAGACUGGCUAGACCACUCCAGGACCUUAAUGUGCUUCUUCUUGAGCCACUCCUUUGUUGCCUUGGCCGUAUGUUUUGGGUCAUUGUCAUGCUGGAAUGACACUGGUGGGCCAGCUCGUGUCCCACCACCAGGGCAACCCACUGCUGUGAGGACGAGCACGAGUUCUUCGAGUCAAUCAUCAGCGCCAUUUUCAAUGCCCUGACGGUACAUGGCCCCGUCCAUCGUCCAUUUGAUGCGGUGAAGUUGUCCUGUCCCCUUAGCAGAAAAACACCCCCAAACCAUAAUGUUUCCACCUCCAUGUUUGACGGUGGGGAUGGUGUUCUUGGGGUCAUAGGCAGCAUUCCUCCUCCUCCAAACACAGUGAGUUGAGUUGAUGCAAAGAGCUCGAUUUUGGUCUCAUCUGACCACAACACUUUCACCCAGUUCUCCUCUGAAUCAUUCAGAUGUUCAUUGGCAAACUUCAGACGGGCAUGUAUAUGUGCUUUCUUGAGUAGGGGGACCUUGCGGGCGCUGCAGGAUUUCAGUCCUUCAUGGCGUAGUGUGUUACCAAUUGUUUUCUUGGUGACUAUGGUCCCAGCUGCCUUGAGAUCAUUGACAAUAUCCUCCCGUGUAGUUCUGGGCUGAUUCCUCACCAUUCUCAUGAUCAUUGCAACUCCACGAGGUGAGAUCUUGCAUGGAGCCCCAGGCCGAGGGAGAUUGACAGUUAUUUUGUGUUUCUUCCAUUUGCGAAUAAUCACACCAACUGUUGUCACCUUUUCACCAAGCUGCUUGGCGAUGGUCUUGUAGCCCAUUCCAGCCUUGUGUAGGUGUACAAUCUUGUCCUUGACAUCCUUGGAGAGCUCUUUGGUCUUGGCCAUGGUGGAGAGUUUGGAAUCUGAUUGUUUGAUUGCUUCUGUGGACAGGUGUCUUUUAUACAGGUAACAAACUGAGAUUAGGAGCACUCCCUUUAAGAGUGUGCUCCUAAUCUCAGCUCGUUACCUGUAUAAAAGACACCUGGGAGCCAGACAUUUUUCUGAUUGAGAGGGGGUCAAAUACUUAUUUCCUUCAUUAAAAUGCAAAUCAAUUUAUAACAUUUUUAACAUGCGUUUUUCCUAAUUUUUUUGUUGUUAUUCUGUCUUUCACUGUUCAAAUAAACCUACCAUUAAAAUUAUAGACUGAUAAUUUCUUUGUCAGUGGGCAAACGUACAAAGUCAGCAGGGGAUCAAAUACCUUUUUCCCUCACUUUAAAUAUUUUGUCUUGCCCAUUCACCCUCUGAAUGGAACAGAUACACAAUCCAUGUCUCAAUUGCCUCAAGGCUUAAAAAUCCUUCUUUAAUAACCUGUCUUCUCCCCUUCAUCUACUCUGAUUGGUGGAUUUAACAAGUGACAUUUAUAAAGGAUCAUAGCCUUCACUUGUCAUGGAAAGAACAGCUGUUCUUCAUGUUUUGCAUACUCAGUGUAUACAGUAAAUAUGUCCUUAAUCAAUCACUAAAAUCACUCACCGCAUUGAGUGUCAGGUUGCCAUUGGAGUCCAGUGUCUUUACUCAUGCUUCCCUUUCUUUCUUCCAUGACCAGUUCAGACCGUUCUUUCCAGAAUCGUUGUGAGGGCGGCUUUGAUGCUGUGGCAAAUAUCAGAGGAGAGGUCUUCUUUUUUAAGGGUAAGACAAAUACAACAGUAGUGACAACAGCAGUGACAAUGUGUUUACACAAUUACACAAAAAUACAUGCUUUGUUGAAUGGGCUAUUUUGUCUGCAGAAUUACCAUCGUCACAAAAUAAAUCUUCAGAGGGGACGGUUUUUCUUAACAGUAAAGAGUUUUCAUACAGAAGUGCUCUUCAGCUAAAAGGGAUCUCCUACAUGGACAGAAAUACUUCCCAGAAAUGACUUAAUUGAACAGAAGGGGGCACACCUACCCAUGCCCAUGAUAACUAGCCUAAUAACUGAGGAUUGAGUGGUUUCAUGAUUUAAAACAUUGAUUAAUGUUAUAUCAUAUGUGUAUGGGUCGUUCUUGCUAUGGCAUUUGCAUGUCUCACCUUUGCGACCAUGAAAAACACUUUAAAAUGACAAAAUAGUUACAUGGGAUGGAAGUAACGAAUUACAAAUACUCUCGUUACUGUAAUUGAGCAUUUUGUUUGAGUACUUGUACUUUUUGGAGCAUUUUUCAAAGUCAGUAAUUAAACUUUCACUUAAGUAUGUUUUGAUGGAAGAAGUGUACUUCGCUAUCUUUUUAAAACCAUCCGUUACAGAAUACAAUUUUGUAGGCUAUCCAUAAUAGUACAGUAGAUCAUGAGGGCACGGAGAGUUUGCGAGAGCCCCUCGGAGCCAGAAAAAAACAGCUCAUCGUUGUUUAGUCAGUGACCAAUUAAAUCAAAUUUCACGCAUCGCACCAGUACAGGCCAAUCAAAUCAAGCUAUGCAUACAAUCUGAGCAAUGAUGGUCGGAAGGUUUUCAAAAAGGCAAAAAUAACUUAGUUUAGUUCGAGAUGUAUCGUGAAAAAGAGGAAACGUUUUUAUCAAAGCGGUGAGUGUGAAAAACAAUGGAGACGGAGGAGACUGUGAUGAGUUCUCCUUCAAGCACAUGGGACGCGAAGGGAUGGAGGAGGUGGCAGUCUACAAAAACUCUACCUUGAACUUGAGGAAACAUUAUAGAGGUAAGAUAACUAGCUAGCUAUGAAUUAUUUUAAAAAAUGGCUUUAGCAGCUAGUAUAGCUAGCUAUCUAAUAGUCUAACUUAUGCACGAUAGCGUUAGCCUAGUUGUCUAACAUGCUAACAUUAGCAAGCUAUCCAUUUCCUAAUUCAAUUACAAAAUACAGAUACAAAAUAUCAUAAACAUCAAUGUAUCAAAAUAAACUACAAAAUGCUUGUAUUUUGUAAUGUAUCUAAUAAAAAUACAUGCAACAAUGUUCUUAGUAACACCUACAAUUUUUUUUUUGUUAUGACUGUGAUAUGUUGUUGUUUAUCUACUUUAGUUUAAUAAGUCACUCUGGAUAAGAGUGUCUACUAAAUGACCAAAAAGUAAAUGUAGAUGUGAAAAUGAACAUUCAAAAAUGAACUGCAAAGCACACUGGGUAUUAUUAUUGGCCUUGUUUCAGGGCGGAGCUCAUUUAAAUAAUACUCAGCAUGCUUUGCAAUUGUUCAUUUUUACAUUACAUUUACAUUGUAGUUAUUUAGCUGAUGCUCUUAUCCAGAAUGACCAACAAUUAGUGCAUUGAUCUUAAUAUAGCUAGGUGAGGCAACAACAUAUCACAAUCGUAUCAAGUACAUUAUCCCUCAACAAUAUACAGUACCAGUCAAAAGUUUGGACACAGCUACUCAUUCAAGGGUUUUUCUUUAUUUUUACUAUUUUCUACAUUGUAGAAUAAUAGUGAAGACAUCAAAUCUAUAAAAUAACACAUAUGGAAUCAUGUAGUAACCAACAUUUUUUUAAACAAAUCAAAAUAUAUUUUAUAUUUGAGAUUCUUCAAAUAGCCACCCUUUGCCUUGAUGACAGCUUUGCACACUCUUGGCAUUCUCUCAACCAGCUUCACCGGGAAUGCUUUUCCAGCAGUCUUGAAGGAGUUCCCACAUAUGCUUAGCACUUUUUGACUGCUUUUCCUUCACUCUGCCGUCUGACUCAUCCCAAACCAUCAGGCCAGGUCAUCUGAUGCAGCACUCCAUCACUCUCCUUCUUGGUCAAAAAGCCCUUACACAGCCUGGAGGUGUGUUGGGUCAUUGUCCCGUUGAAAAACAAAUGAUAGUCCCACUAAGCACAAACCAGAUGGGAUGGCGUAUCGCUUCAGAAUGCUGUGGUAGCCAUGCUGGUUAAGUGUUGAGAUGUGUCUGUGACUUGAACUCUGUGAAGCAUUUAUUUGGGCUGCAAUUUCUAAGGCUGGUAACUCCAAUGAACUUAUCGUCUGCAGCAGAGGUAACUCUGGGUCUUCCUUUCAUGUGGCGGUCCUCAUGAGAACCAUUUUCAUCAUAGCGCUUGAUGGUUUUUGCGACUGCACCUGAAGAAACUUUCAAUGUUCUUGAAAUGUUCCCUAUUGACUGACCUUCAUGACUUAAAGUAAUGAUGGACUGUCGUUUCUCUUUGCUUAUUUGAGCUGUUCUUGCCAUAAUAUUGACUUGGUCUUUUACCAAAUAGGGCUAUCUUCUGUAUACCACCCCUAACUUGUCACAACACAACUGAUUGGCUCAAACACAUUAAGAAGGAAAGAAAUUCCACAAAUUAACUUUUAAGAAGGCACACCUGUUAAUUUAAAUGCAUUCCAGGUGACUACCUCAUGAAGCUGGUUGAGAGAAUGCCAAGAGUGUGCAAAGCUGUCAUGAAGGCAAAGGGUGGCUAUUUGAAGAAUCUGAAAUAUAUAAUAUAUUUGGAUUUGUUAAACACUUUUUUGGUUACUGCAUGAUUCCAUAUGUGUUAUUUUAUAGUUUUGAUGUCUUCACUAUUAUUCUACAAUGUAAAAAAUAGUACAAAUAAAGAAAAACCCUUGACUGUGUAGGUGUGUCCAACCUUUUGGCUGGUAGUGUACAUUUAUAUUUAGUUAAUUUAACAGACGCUCUUAUCACACCAAAGUGCUAUCAGACUUCUGAUACUAAUGCAGUGUAAAAGGGGGGCCACAAAAUGUGAACCGCAAAAAAAAGAAAUGGUAUAGAAAGGAUUUUGUAUUUUGAAAAUACAAAUUACAGUAUUUUGAAAAUACGAAAUACGUUGGAGUGUAGUUCAUCCCAGUGUAAUUCAAAUUGCAAAAUGUUGUGGAAAUUCUAAUCAAAAGGAAGAGAGACUGUAGAUUCUUCAAACAACUUUAUUAUUAGAUUUGCAAAUCUGGAGCAGUUAACAAUCCACUCAACAGUGCAGAGUUAAGAGCCCAACGAACAAGAGUUGGGUCUCAGCUUUUAUAACCUUUGUCUACGUUGCAGUUCCUGACAUCCUUGGAGAGCUCUUUGGUCUUGGCCAUGGUGGAGAGUUUGGAAUCUGAUUGAUUGAUUGCUUCUGUGGACAGGUGACUUUUCUACAGGUAACAGACUGAGAUUAGGAGCACUCCCUUUAAGAGUGUGUUCCUAAUCUCAGCUCGUUACCUGUAUAAAAGACACCUGGGAGCCAGACAUUUUUCUGAUUGAGAGGGGAUCAAAUACUUAUUUCCCUUAUUAAAAUGCAAAUCUAUUUAUAACAUUUUUGACAUGCGUCUUUCUGGAUUUUUUGUUGUUAUUCUGUCUCUCACUGUUCAAAUAAACCUACCAUUAAAAUUAUAGACAGAUCAUUUCUUUGUCAGUGGGCAAACAUACAAAAUCAGCAGGAGAUCUAAUACUUUUUUCCCUCACUGUAAGAUCUUCUCUAUGCAUUACAGGGAUAUGGCUCUGAAUAUAUACUGAAACACCUCCCCCAUAAGCAUUUUUGUCUCGUCUAUACAUGUUAUAUCCUUGUAUCGCUACUGCUCUAUCAUCAAAUUAAUUAUCUAAGUGAGUCUCAGAAAUGGCUAAUAUAUGAAUGUUAUCUGCUGUUGUCAAGUUAUUGAUUUCAUUAACCUUAUUUCUAAGGCUACAUACAUUCAUAUGGGCUAUUUUCAGCACUUUCCUGGGUAGCUUAUCAGAGAUAGACAUAAUAUGGAAAAGAGCAAACAAAGCAAGACAAAAAAAUAUACAUUCAGCAGUCCAUUAAUCAAUUGGUGUGUGUGUGCUGCGGUGUUGAAGCUAUGAACCCAUAGGCUUGGCUCUCUCAUCCCUUCCAGGCAUCUGGGAGGGAGGGUGGAUAAUGAGCCUGCCAUAGCGGAUGUAAGCAAUGUCCCCACACGCUCUGGCAGCUUUCAUGGCUUGGGAUAAGUUCUUUCCUAUUCUGGCGCACAGCUUAAGGAUAGUCCUCGUUGAGGAAGAUAUACGUUCCUCUCAAAUUCUUCGCUCUUUCCAGAACCGCUACCUUGUCCUUGAACCUCAGGAACUUCACCACUAUCACCUGGGCCUGGGCCGGUUUCCGGUUUUCCAGUUCUGUGGGCGCGCUCCACCUCAAUCUUCCUGUGGUCCAUCUUCAAUUUCUCAGACAUCAUUUCCCUCACUUUGUCCUCAGACUCCAUCCAGGUCUCAUAUGGAGAUUCUGAAAUUCCGUCCACAACCAUGUUUUUCCGCCUUGAUUGUCCAUCAAGUCUGAUUUAUCAGUCAUUGUUAUCAUGGUAUCACACACAGAACUGAUGUCCUCUCUCAAUGACUUACAGAUUGUUGUCAUCUUGCCGUUUUCCUGUUUCAACUCAUCGAGCUGACCCUGGCAGAACUGCAAGCUGUUCCUCAGGUCUUGAACCUCUCUGGUCAGGUCGUCCAUUCUUUUAUUAGGUGAAUCCACCAGUAUUUGGACAAAACACUUGAAGCUAUUUUCUUGUUGUUGUAACAACUGCUCGUAGAACUAUUUUUGUUCGUUUAAAAGAUCCUUCACCUGUGAUAGAGAGACACCACUGUCCUGAACGGUACUCCCGCCAGCUUUGGUCUUCGUCAUGGUAGCUAGCAACGAAGGUUACGCUGUUAUUCCUCGCAGUUCCAGACAGGGCAGGCUCCUCAAACCCGGCCUUGGUCGGCAGGAUCACUAGACUGAGAGUAGCAGUCCCAGCAACUGAUGCCAACUGCGUCGCAGGAUCCAAACUAAAAAGCUGAAUCUAAAGAAGCUGUCACUCAAACUGAACACAGGCCUGCCUGCCUCUGCCGCCUGUGAGAGUAGUUUUAGCUGUGUUGGACUGCUCUUCACUACAAAGCAAGCCAUGAUAGAUUUGAUUCACUUUGAACAUCAGCAUCUGCUGAAACUGAACAGCAAGUUCCCCAUAAUGACAAAGUGAAAAAGUUUUUAGAAAUAUUUGCACAUUUAUUGAAAAUGAAAUAAAGAAAUAUCUAAUUUACAUAAGUAUUCAUACCCCUGAGUUAGUAUCACCUUUGGCAGCGAUUACAUCUGUGCAUCUUUCUGGGUAAGUCUCUAAGAGCUUUGCGCACCUGGAUUGUACAAUAUUUGCACAUUAGUCUUCAAAACAUUCUUCAAGCUCUGUCAAGUUGGUUGUUAAUCAUUGCUAGACAGCCAUUUUCAUGUCUUGCCAUAGAUUUUCAACAGUGGAGGCUGCUGAGGGGAGGACGGCUCAUAAUAAUGUCUGCAACGGAGCGAAUGGAAUGGCAUCAAACACAUGGAAACCAUGUGUUUGAUGUAUUUGAUACCAUUCCACAAAUACCGCUCCAGCCAUUACCACAAGCCUAGUUACAGUGUUGACUUAAAUCGUCUUGAAAAUCCAAGGAGGUUGGUGGCACCUUAAUUGGUGGCACCUUAAUUGGGGAGGACGAUUUUCAAGACGAUUUAAGUCAACACUGUAACUAGCCCACUCAGGAACAUUCAAUGUCAUCUUGGUAAGCAACUCCAGUGUAUAUUUGGCCUUGUGUUUUAAGUUAUUGUCCUGCUGAAAGGUGCAUUUGUCUCCCAGUGUCUGUUGGAAAGCAGACCGAACCAGGUUUACCUCUAGCAUUUUGCCUGUGCUUACCUCUAUUCUGUUUAUUUUUAUCCUAAAAAAAUGCCAUAGUCCUUGCUGAUGACAAGCAUACCCAUAACAUGAUGCAGCCACCACUAUGCUUGAAAAUAUGAAGAGUGGUACUCAGUGAUGUGUUGUGUUGGCUUUGCCCCAAACAUAACACUUUGUAUUCAGGAUUUUUUUUUGCAGUUUUACUUUAGUGCCUUAUUUCAAACAGGAUGCAUGUUUUGGAAUAUUUUUAUAUAUUUGUAUUACUUUCUUCUUUUCACUCUGUCAUUUAGGUUAAUAUUGUGGAGUAACUAUAAUGUUGUUGAUCCAUCCUCAGUUUUCUUCUAUCACAGCCAUUAAACUCUGUAACUGUUUUAAAGUCACCAUUGGCCUCAUGGUGAAAUCCCUGAGUGGUUCAACUAAGGCAACUAAGUUACGAAGGACACCUGUAUCUUUGUAGUGACUGGGUGUAUUGAUACACAUUUUUUUAUCCUAAACUUAUUUAGGCUUGCCUUAUCUAAGGUUUUGAAUAUUUAUUGACACUUCCUUUUUAAUUAAUUUGUAAAAAUGUCAACAGUGAAGAGGCGACUCUGGGAUGUUGACCUAGGCAGAGUUGCAAAGAAAAAGUCCAGUGUCAGUGUUCUUUUGCCCAUCUUAAUUUUCUUUUAUUGGCCAGUCUGAGAUAUGGCUUUUUCUUUGCAACUUUGCCUAGAAGGUCAGCAUCCCAGAGUCGCCUCUUCACUGUUGACGUUGAGACUGGUGUUUUGUGGGUACUAUUUAAUGAAGCUGCCAGUUGAGGACCUGUGAGGCGCCUAUUUCUCAAACUAGACACUCUUAAUGUAUUUGUCCUCUUGCUCAGUUGUGCACCGGGGCCUCCCACUCCUCUUUCUAUUCUGGUUAGAGCCAGUUUGCGCGGUUCUGUGAAGGGAGUAGUACACAGCGUUGCACGAGAUCUUCGAAAACAAGGACAUUUCUAAGUGACCACCAUUACUUUUGAACGGUAGUGUACACCUUAGCCAAAUACAUGUAAACUCAGUUUUUCACAAUUCCUAAAAUUUUAUCCUAGUAAAAAUUCCCUGUCUUAGGUCAGUUAGGAUCACCACUUUAUUUUAAUAAUGUGAAAUGUCAGAAUAAUAGUAGAGAGAAUGAUUUAUUUUAGUUUCUUUUUUUUUUUCAUCACAUUUCCAGUGGGUCAGAAGUUUACAUGCACUCAAUUAGUAUUUGGUAGCUUUGCCUUUAAAUUGUUUAACUUGGGUCAAACGUUUCGGGUAGCCUUCCCACAAGAAGUUGGGUGAAUUUUGGCCCAUUCCUCCUGACAGAGCUGGUGUAACUGAGUCAGGUUUGUAGGCCUCCUUGCUCGCACACGCUUUUUCAGUUCUGCCCACAAAUGUUCUAUAGAAUUGAGGUCAGUGCUUUGUGAUUGCCACUCCCAUUCCUUUAUUUUGUUGUCCUUAAGCCAUUUUGCCACAACUUUGGAAGUAUGCUUGGGGUCAUUGUCCAUUUGGAAGACCCAUUUGCGACCAAGCUUUAACUUCCUGACUGAUGUCUUGAGAUGUUGCUUCAAUAUAUCCACAUAAUAUUCCUUCCUCAAGAUGCCAUCUAUUUUGUGAAGUGCACCAGUCCCUCCUGCAGCAAAGCACCCCCAGAGCAUGAUGCUCCCACUCCCGUGCUUCAUGGUUGGGAUGGUGUUCUUCAGCUUGCAAGCAACCCCCUUUUUCCUCCAAACAUAACAAUGGUCAUUAUGGCCAAACAGUUAUAUUUUUAUUUCAUCAGACCAGAGGACAUUUCUCCAAAAGGUACAAUCUUUGUCCCCAUGUGCAGUUGCAAACCGUAGUCUGGCUUUUUGUAUGGCGGUUUUGGAGCAGUGGCUUCUUCCUUGCUGAGCGGCCUUUCAGGUUAUGUCGCUAUAGGACUCGUUUUACUUUGGAUAUAGAUACUUUUGUACCUGUUUCCUCCAGCAUCUUCACAAGGUCCUUUGCUGUUGUUCUGGGAUUGAUUUGCACUUUUCGCACCAAAGUACGUUCAUCUCUAGGAGACAGAACGUGUCUCCUUCCUGAGCGGUAUGAUGGCUGCAUGGUCCAUGGUGUUUAUACUUGCGUAUUAUUGUUUGUACAGAUGAACGUGGUACCUUCAGGCGUUUGGAAAUUGCUCCCAAGGAUGAACCAGACUUGUGGAGGUCUAUAUAUUUUUUUCUGAGGUCUUGGCUGAUUUCUUUUGAUUUUCCCAUGAUGUCAAGCAAAGAGGCACUGAGUUUGAAGGUAAGCCUUGAAAUACAUCCACAGGUGCAUUUCCAAUUGACUAAAAUGAUGUUAAUUAGCCUAUCAGAAGCUUCUAAAGCCAUGACAUAAUUUUCUGGAUUUUUCCAAGCUGUUUAAAGGCACAGUCAACUUAGUGUAUGUAAACUUCUGACCCACUGGAAUUGUGAUACAGUGAAUUAUAAGUGAAAUAAUUUGUCUGUAAACAAUUGUUGUAAAAAUUACUUGUGUCAUGCACAAAGUAGAUCCUAACCGACUUGCCAAAACUAUGGUUUGUUAACAAGACAUUUGUGGAGUUUUAAUGACUCCAACCUAAGUGUACAUACACUUCCAAAUUCAACUGUAUAUAUAUACACACACCAAAAAAGUGUUAAACAAAUCAAAAUAUAUUUUAGAUUUGAGAUUUUUCAAAGUAGCCACCCUUUGCCUUGAUGACAGCUUUGCACACUCUUGGAGCUGGUUGAGAGAAUGCCAAGAGUAUUCUCCCAUCUCCACAGAGGAACUCUGGAGCUAUGUCAGAGUGACCAUCGGGUUCUUGGUCACCUCCCUGACCAAGGCCCUUCUCCCCCGAUUGCUCAGUUUGGCUGGGCGGCCAGCUCUAGGAAGAGUCUUGGUGGUUCCAAAUUUCUUCCAUUUAAAAAUGAUGGAGGCCACUGUGUUGUUGGGAACCUUCAAUGCUGCAGAAAUGUUUUGGUACACUUCACCAAAUCUGUGCCUCGACACAAUCCUGUCUCGGAGCUCUACGGACAAUUCCUUCGACCUCAUGGCUUGGUUUUUGCUCUGACAUUCACUUUCAACUGUGGAACCUUAUAUAGACAGUUGUGUGCCUUUCCAAAUCAUGUCCAAUCAAUUGAAUACAGGUGUACUCCAAUAAAGUUGUAGAAACAUCUCAAGGAUGAUAAAUGGAAACAGGAUGCACCUGAGCUCAAUUUCGAGUCUCAUAGCAUAGGGUCUGAAAACGUAUCUAAAUUAAAUGUUUUAGUUUUAAUAAAUGUGCAAACAUUUCUAAAAACCUGUUUUCGCUUUGUCAAUAUGGGGUAUUGUGUGUAGAUUGCUAAGGAUAUAUAUAUAUAUAUAUAUAUAUAUAAUAUAUAUAUAUAUAUUUUUUUUUUAAUCCAUUUUAGAAUAAGGCUGUAAUGUAACAAAAUAUAGAAAAAUAAAGGGGUCUGAAUAAUAUAUCUAUAUAAUUUUAAUUUAAUUUUAAAUGCUUUAAAGUAAAGAAAAUUGUUUAAUAUGUUGUUUAGAUCAAUCAAGACAAAGACCUAAAAUAAAAAUAUAAAAUAGUGUUCCUAAGUUUAAUGUAAUUGGUGUUACCGUCUUGAAAAUCACCAAUUACAAAGAUGCACAAGGACCUUGAGCAUUCCAUUUCUAAUGUCAAACUGUUAUUGGGAGAAUGGUUUCAAUAUAAGGACAAUUAUUAGCUAAUCACACCAUUCUUAGUAUGUUAUAAGUUUGAGGGUUCCAUUGAUAAUUUUGUGUGUCUAUAUUACGAGCGUCAUUGGUGUUACUCAAUUUAAAUGGGAAAUUACAUUGUGCACAAAAUGAUUGAUCAUAUCAUUUUAGUAAAUGCUUUUUAAAGGGUUAAUGACCUUAGAUUUUAGCUUUUAAGAAAAUCCUGAAUUACCUAAAAUGUGUCAUUGGUUUGACCAUCAUUGGUGUUACUACUCCUACUGGUGCCACAAUGUUAUCAUAAUGGUUUAACAGUUUUGUAAGUCAUUAAGCUGCCAUAUUAGUUGAUUUAGAAUGGCAAAAUGUACCCAAAUAAAUUUUAAUAAAAUACAACAUCUGGAAGUCCUUUUAUUUUUGUAUUUUUUUGCCAUGCCCAAAUGCCACCGCAAUUCAAGAAUGACCUGUUUAUGAACCCAUACAGCCAACACUCAAGCCCAAAUUUGACGUAAACAAUUAGCAACUCAAUUUCCGCACAGCCUCUUUAAUUAUUGUGUUGCUUGGGUCAGGUCCACAUUUCUGGAGGAUGCAGAGGACAGGUUAUCUUGUCUCCUUCAACCCAGCCCUGAUUAGAAACUUCUGGAUGGGGCUCCCCCCUGAAACCAACAAGAUCGAUGCCGUUUACGAGAGGAAGAGCGACAGCUGCAUCAUCUUCUUCAUCGGUGGGAAAGACAACAGCACUAUUGUAGCCCUAUGUCGUGUUCAUUAUGUCACGCAACGGAAACUUUUUGUAAUGAAAAAUGAAAAUAAUAAUUUCUUAUUGGAGGUACUCCCUCCCUGUUUCUGUCCAUUUUCUUCUGUUUGGUGCCUAAUGAACAUGUCCCUAGUUAGAAUUAAAAACAUCAGAACUUUGCUACAGUGGCUAAUAUCCUUAUGAAUGUGGUUGUUGUUGUGUUGUAAACAAAGGUGAUUUCCUCCUCCUAUCUAUGACUGUGCAGGGGCUCAGUACUGGGUGUUCAAAGACACUGUGGCCCUCCCCGGCUACCCCAGGCCUCUGGCAGAGUGGGGGAUGAGGACCAAGGAUGGCGGGAUAGUGGAGAGAGUGGAGGCUGCCUUCGUGUGGGCCCACAACGGGAAGACCUACCUGUUCAGCGUGGGUGAGUUCUGGAGGUUCGACGAGGGCCGCAAGGAGGAGGGGAGGAAGCCGGAGGGGGGCUACCCCAAAGACGCAGCCCUCUGGAGAGGGGUGCCAACGGACCCCGAUGACAUCAUCAGCUGGGGAGAAGGUGAGGCCUUGAGAAAGACUUGAGGCUUGAUGAGAUUAAGGUGGGCUGCAGUGUUAAUGUAGAGAAAGUGAUAGUUCAGUGUUGUUCUAAAUGACUAGGGCCAGGUGUUUUUCUGGGCCGUGUGACCUGUCAGGGAAAAACUCUGCUUGGACACCUUGAGCUAUUAUUCAGUUGGUUGAAACUAAAUAAAAUAAAAUAAAAUCAUAUUUGUCACAUAUACUGAACGUGUUUAGCAGAUGUUAUUGCGUGUGUAGCGAAAUGCUUAAUGCAGUAAUAUCUAACAAGUAAUAUCUAACAAUUUCACAACAUAUACCCAAUACACACAAAUCUAAGCAAGGAAUGGAAUUUAAGAAUAUAUACAUAUAUGAACAAGCAAUGACAGAGCGGCAUGGACUAAGAUACAGUAGAAUAUUAUAGAAUACAGUAUAUACAAAUGAGAUGAGUAGUGCAAGAUAUGUAAACAUUAUUAAAGUGACUAGUGUUCCAUUUCUUAAAGUGGCCAGGGAUUUCAAUAAGCAGCAGCAGCCUCUAAUGUGCUAGUGAUGGCUAUUUAACAGUCUGAUGGCCUUGAGAUAGAAGCUGUUUUUCAUUCUCUCGGUCCCAGCUUUGAUGCACCUAUACUGACCUCGCCUUCUGGAUGAUAACGGGUUGAACAGGCAGUGGCUCGGGUGGUUGAUGUCCUUGAUGAUCUUUUUGGCCUUCCUGUGACAUCGGGUGCUGUAGGUGUCCUGGAGGGCGGGUAGUUUGCCCCCGGUAAUGCGUUUGGCAGACCGCACCACCCUCUGGAGAGCCCUGCAGUUGCUGGUGGUGCAGUUGCCAUACCAGGCGGUGAUACAGCCCGACAAGAUGCUCUCAAUUGUGCAUCUGUAAAAGUUUGUGAGGUUUUAGGUGCCAAGCCAAAUUUCUUCAGCCUCCUGAGGUUGAAGAGGCUCUGUUGCGCCUUCUUCACCAUACUGUCUGCGUGGGUGGACCAUUUCAGUUUGUCAGUGAUGUGUACGCCAAGGAACUUGAAGAUUUCCACCUUCUCCACUGCGGUCCCGUCGAUGUGGAUAGGGGGGUGCACCCUCUCUCAUCUCCUUUGUUUUGUUGACGUUGAGUGAGAGGUUAUUCUCCUGGCACCACACUCCCAGAGCCCUCACCUCCUUCCUGUAGGCUGUCUCGUUAUUGUUGCGAAUCAAGCCUACUACUGUUGUGUCGUGCUCGGCCACACAGUCAUGGGUGAACAGGGAGUACAGGAGGGGGCUGAGCACGCAUCCUUGUGGGGCCCCAGUGUUGAGGAUCAGUGAAGUGGAGAUGUUGUUUCCUACCUUCACCACCUGGGGGCGGCCCGUCAGGAAGUCCAGGACCCAGUUGCACAGGUCGGGGUUCAGACCCAGGGCCUCGAGCUUAAUGAUGAGAUUGGGGGGUACUAUGGUGUUGAAUGCUGAGCUAUAGUCAAUUAACAGCAUUCUUACAUAGGUAUUACUCUUGUCCAGAUGGGAUAGGGCAGUGUGCAGUGUGAUGGCGAUUGCAUCAUCUGUGGAUCUAUUGGGGCGGUAAGCAAAUUGAAGUGGGUCUAGGGUGACAGGUAAAGUAGAGGUGAUAUGAUCCUUGACUAGUCUCUCAAAGCACUUCAUGAUGACAGAGGUGAGUGCUACGGGGCGAUAGUCAUUUAGUUCAGUUACCUUUGCUUUCUUGGGUACACGAACAAUGGUGGCCAUCUUGAAGCAUGUGGGGACAGCAGGCUGGGAAAGGGAGAGAUUGAAUAUGUCCGUAAACACACCAGCCAGCUGGUCUGCGCAUGCUCUGCGCAUGCCGUCUGGGCCGGCAGCCUUGCGGGGGUUAACAUGCUUAAAUGUCUUACUCACAUCAGCCACGGAGAAGGAGAGGCCACAGUCCUUGGUAGUGGGCCUCGUCGGUGGCACUGUGUUAUCCUCAAUGCGGGCGAAGAAGGUGUUUAGCUUGUCUGGAAGCGAGACGUCGGUGUCGGCGACGUGGCUGGUUUUCCUUUUGUUGUCCGUGAUUGUCUGCAUACCCUGCCACAUACUAGAGUGCAAAAUACUGUCUCGAUCUCAACUCUGCUUAAUGUCCAACCAAAUAUCUUAUCUAAGUCUGCAUCUCGGCUUGCAAUGUCAUACGCAAUCAUUAAACAGCCCACCAGCUUUUCAAAGCAUUUUAAUCCAAUUGUUUGAUUAUGUUACCUUCUAGGAGAUGCUUACUUCUUCAAGGACAACCUCUAUUGGGUGCUGAAGAGAGGAGGACUGGACCAAGAUAAUGUCACUCCAAAAUCCAUUGCGGUGGAUUGGCUCAGGUGUCCACAAGUGUCCAUGCCCACACCCCACCUUCCAGCCAAUCCUCAUCCAAAGGGAAAAGACUGCAGCUGUGACUUGAGCAGAGCAUCUGCAAGGCCCAUUUGUAGUUGGCUGAUCCUGCUAUCUGUCAUGGUAGUAUUCACCAGAUUUGUUUUAAAUUAACGAGUUAAUAAUAAUAGUAUAACACAGUCAUGUCUACUAAGUUGAAUGAUCAUUUGAAAUAUAUGUUUUCAGUAAGGGUGAUUCUCUCUCUCUCUGCUGUAGUCCUGCACUUAUACCACUGAUGGGUAACAUUGUCCUUCAAGGUAAAACAAGGUUGCAGAUGUUGAUGCUAAUGAUGUUUGAAAAUAUACUGUACUGGGGUGGGUUUCCCAAAAACAUAAAGAUAAUCUUCCACACUAAGAUCAUCUUAAGAUAUAUUUUAAAGUCUCCAAAAAACAUCUACACCUUAUGUUAACCCUUAUGUAAUUGUAAAAAAAAAAACACCCAUAGUUUCAACCCCUCCUACUGUGAAAGACAAGCAUUUAAUGAUAUAUUGUGUAAAGAGCAAUGUAUUUAAACUCUAGACAGAAACACUGCACUCUCACAACUCCCCCUUAAUGAUCCCUAUAGUAAUGACCUUAUGUUUGGGGACUGACAUAGCCAUGUAGGACUUGGGUCUAAAACCCUUUUCACACUAUUAUGCCAACCUGAAACAAACUGUGCUAGAUACAUGGACUCUGAUUGCAACUCAAUAUUAGGAAGGUGUUCUUAAUGUUUUGUACAUUGAGUGUAUAUAUAAAUGAUGUAUACGUCUAUGGUGUAUGUAGGCACCAGAGUUGUGCUGAAUUCAGAAUUGUAUUGAGAAUGCCUCAAAUUCCUAAUACAUUAUUGAAUUUGAAUUGAAGUAGUCAACAGGAUACAGAAUUGCAAUUCAAAUUGGAAUUAAAGGAAAUAUAAUUGAAUUCAGAUGCUUAUACUAUUCUAUGUUAGGUGUAGUCUGCUUUAUGUACAUCUUGUGCAUAAAGCAAACAAACAUGUAAUUUUAUAAAUGUACUGUAUAUAAAAUAUUGUUGAAACAAUUGAUUUUCAGGACAAACUCUUAAAAUGAAUGAUCAGGGAAAACUAACCCUGUAUGCAAAUAUUCUAAGUUAUUAUAUUUCAUUAAUCACUUCAAUUUUGUUCAAUCUGCUACAUUUCCCAAAAUGCAUUAGUUUAACCCUCAAGUUGACCCUAAAUCUUUUACAAAGAAGCCAAACAAAUUAAAUGGUUGGUGGAAAUAUAAUUGGCUAUUCUAAGCACUAAGCACAAAGUGUAUAUGACCAUUUUUUCCAGAGAAAAAGUAUAUACAGUGAGGGAAAAAAGUAUUUGAUCCCCUGCUGAUUUUGUACAUUUGCCCACUGACAAAGAAAUUAUCAGUCUAUAAUUUGAAUGGUAGGUUUAUUUGAACAGUGAGAGACAGAAUAACAACAACAAAAUCCAGAAAAACGCAUGUCAAAAAUGUUAUAAAUUGAUUUGGUCCUCUGUAGCUCAGCUGGUAGAGCACGGCGCUUGUAACGCCAAGGUAGUGGGUUCGAUCCCCGGGACCACCCAUACACAAAAAUGUAUGCACGCAUGACUGUAAGUCGCUUUGGAUAAAAGCGUCUGCUAAAUGGCAUCUCCUGAGUGGCGCAGUGGUCUAAGGCACUGCAUCGCAGUGCUAACUGUGCCACUAGAGAUCCUGGUUCGAAUCCAGGCUCUGUCGCAGCCGGCCGCGACCGGGAGACUCAUGGGCGGCGCACAAUUGGCCCAGCGUCGUCCAGGGUAGGGGAGGGAAUGGCCGGCAGGGAUGCAGCUCAGUUGAUAGAGCAUGGCGUUUGCAACACCAGGGUUGUGGGUUUGAUUCCCACGGGGUGCCAGUAUAAAAAAAUAUGUAUUCACUAACUGUAAGUCGCUCUGGAUAAGAGCGUCUGCUAAAUGACUAAAAUGUAAAUGUAAAUGGCAUAUUAUUAUUAUUUAUUUUAUUUUAUACAUUUAUUUGCAUUUUAAUAAGGUAAAUAAGUAUUUGACCCCUCUGCAAAACAUGACUUAGUUAUUGGUGGCAAAACCCUUGUUGGCAAUCACAGAGGUCAGACGUUUCUUGUAGUUGGCCACCAGGUUUGCACACAUCUCAGGAGGGAUUUUGUCCCACUCCUCUUUGCAGAUCUUCUCCAAGUCAUUAAGGUUUCGAGGCUGACGUUUGGCAACUCAAACUUUCACUUCCCUCCGCAGAUUUUCUAUGGGAUUAAGGUCUGGAGACUGGCUAGGCCACUCCAGGACCUUAAUGUGCUUCUUCUUGAGCCACUCCUUUGUUGCCUUGGCCGUGUGUUUUGGGUCAUUGUCAUGCUGGAAUACCCAUCCACGACCCAUUUUCAAUGCCCUGGCUGAGGGAAGGAGGUUCUCACCCAAGAUUUGACGGUACAUGGCCCCGUCCAUCGUCCCUUUGAUGCGGUGAAGUUGUCCUGUCCCUUUAGCAGAAAAACACCCCCAAAGCAUAAUGUUUCCACCUCUAUGUUUGACGGUGGGGAUGGUGUUCUUGGGGUCAUAGGCAGCAUUCCUCCUCCUCCAAACACGGCGAGUUGAGUUGAUGCCAAAGAGCUCCAUUUUGGUCUCAUCUGACCACAACACUUUCACCCAGUUCUCCUCUGAAUCAUUCUGAUGUUAAUAGGCAAACUUCAGACGGGCAUGUAUAUGUGCUUUCUUGAGCAGGGGGACCUUGCGGGCGCUGCAGGAUUUCAGUCCUUCACGGUGUAGUGUGUUACCAAUUGUUUUCUUGGUGACUAUGGUCCCAGCUGCCUUGAGAUCAUUGACAAGAUCCUCCCGUGUAGUUCUGGGCUGAUUCCUCACCGUUCUCAUGAUCAUUGCAACUCCACGAGGUGAGAUCUUGCAUGGAGCCCCAGGCCGAGGGAGAUUGACAAUUAUUUUGUGUUUCUUCCAUUUGCGAAUAAUCGCACCAACUGUUGUCACCUUCUCACCAAUCUGCUUGGCGAUGGUCUUGUAGCCCAUUCCAGCCUUGUGUAGGUCUACAAUCUUGUCACUGACAUCCUUGGAGAGCUCUUUGGUCUUGGCCAUGCUGGAGAGUUUGGAAUCUGAUUGAUUGAUUGCUUCUGUGGACAGGUGUCUUUUAUACAGGUAACAAGCUGAGAUUAGGAGCACUCCAUUUAGGAGUGUGCUCCUAAUCUCAGCUAAUUACCUGUAUAAAAGACACCUGGGAGACAGAAAUCUUUCUGAUUGAGAGGGGGUCAAAUACUUAUUUCCCUCAUUAAAAUGCAAAUCAAUUUAUAACAUUUUUGACAUGCGUUUUUCUAAAUUUUUUUGUUGUUAUUCUGUCUCUCACUGUUCAAAUAAACCUACCAUUAAAAUUAUAGACUGGUCAUUUCUUUGUCAGUGGGCAUACGUACAAAAUCAGCAGGGGAUCAAAUACUUUUUUCCCCUCACUGUAUUCUUUGUUAUCUGAAAGUGUGACUUGUCAGAUUCAAUGAAACUCUGAUGUUCUAUGACUGAGUGGAAUUUAUUUUAAUUAAAUUCUGCUUCCUGUCACUCAAACUCAAAUUCUACGUCCUGUGUGGCCAAUUUAAUUCGAAUUUCAACUCAUGAGUUGAAUGGGAUUCAAUUCCAAAAUUCUGAAUUGACCACAACCCUUCAAGGCACCUGAGCUGAGCCAUAGGGGAGGCAAUUUAUGCUUUUUGUCCCCCCACUUUUGAUCUGAAAUCACCAUCACCUACUCACAAAAUUGAUUGAUGUCCUCGUUAUAAAAUUAUCAACUUUACCCUGUAUAUUGAAAAAGUAUUCAGAUUUUUUUUUAUAGCAGAACUAUCAGAACUACUGAUGAUGGUGAACCUGAACAAUCAAUAUAAAAUCUAUACUGUAUGUAGGCUAAGCCUCGAUCAGCAGGUAGUCAGAUGAGAGUUGUGUCUCCGAACCGGUAGCUUACGCUACUUAUAUUAUGGUAAAACAGCAUUUUCAUUUACUUAAGUGUAAAAAGUACAAGUAUAAAUCAUUUCAAAUUCCUCAUAUUAAGCAAACCAGAUGUCACCAUUUUUUCUUUUUUCUUUUUACGGAUAGCCAGGAACUUCUCCAACACUCUGAUACAAUUUACAAACGAAGCAUGUGUGUUUACUGAGUCCGCCAGAUCAGAGGCAGUAGGGAUGACCAGGGAUGUUCUAUUGAUAAGUGUGUGAAUUGCAUCAUUUUCCUGUCCUGCUAAUGUAUGGAGUAAAAACUACAUUAUUUUCAUUAGGAAUGUAGUGAAGUAAAAGUAAUCAAAAAAUAUAAAUAGUAAAGUAAAGUACAGAUACCCCUUAAGUACCUUACACCACUGGAAGGUAGUAUUAUGAGCAAAAACCAUUAUUGAACCUGCGAUUCGUAACGUUUUAAUCGUUUUUCUGGCCAAUGCAUGCUACAUUUGGAUCAGUUUAGGGUCCCGUAGACCGAUGCACUCGCAUCUUAAGCAUUUUAUUAAUUAUUACACCCACCCUUAAGAGCCAGGCUAGUGCAAUACAACUCGGCUUGGUUUGGCUCAAAUCAGUAGUGUGAAAAAGGUAUUAGAUUCCAGUGUAGAUAGGACCCUGAUCAUAGAUUACUACGAGGCUCAUGUACCUGUUUACAAUGUUUUGAAUGGCAUUUGAUGUGAAUGAGUUUCUAUAGUAGUGACCAUACAUUUGCCAAAGGCUACUAAAACUACAGUAAAUGUUCCAUCCCUUACUUAUUAGUGGUAUAACUUGUGAAUUGCAUUUGAGAUGAUUUUACAUCACCUUUUACUUGUCUCUUCCUCAAUGAUUUAAACCCAAUGGAUUACUUAAAUUCUCACAUGGAAAAAGGACUAGUUCUGUUUCAUAUUUUUUAUAUGCCUAAAUGUGCCAUUUAUGAACUUUGUUUUUUUGACCCAGUUUGCUGUCCCGGUCACUCUCCUAAUCUGGAUCAGUAAAGUACUUUCUUCUGUGACCUACUGGUAAUACACUCAGCAAACCAAAACUCAAGUUUACUUAUGUAGGUUCUCUGAUGGUAUGACUGAAAUAUCUCACAUGAGGGAUUGACCUGAAACUCAAAAGCUCAAAGAACCAAUCAUACAGGUCUGUUGAAGAUAGGUAGGUAGCAAAUGCAACCACAGUCGUAUUGUCCGUUCUGAUCAAGAUGUGACAAUUCUGAAGGGAGGGUAGAAAGUGUUUCAGUGAAAGAAACACAGUCAGGAAUUCAAGGUAAUUUAUGUGAGCAAUGUGGAGUUGUGGGGUCCAAACUCUGUUUAUUGCAUUCUCCUUGUGAACUGCGCCCUAGCUUCUGUCGUCAUCACCUUCCUUGUUGCCACUACCCCUAGGGGAGUGCCAGGAACGAAGAUCGAGGGGCUCUUCCAGGGAUGGGGAGCCGAGAGAUAUGCAGAGGUCAACUUUAUU